AUGCACUACACACCCCGUGAGGUUGAGAAACUUCUCUUUGCCCAAGCUGGUCACCUCGCACAGAGGCGUCUGGCUCAUGGAAAAAAGUUGAAUCAUUUGGAGUCUAGUGCUUUGAUCGCUACUGUUCUUCGAGAGGUCAUCCAUAAUGAAGAUUAUUCUGUCGCCGAUCUCAUGAAGCUCGGAAAGGGAAUCUUAGGUCGACGACAUGUAAAUCCAUCUGUCGUGGGCACGCUCAAGCAGAUGCAGGUCGAAGGAACAUUCGAAACAGGGACUCACUUGAUCACAAUCCACAACCCAAUCAGUACUGAUGAUGGUGACUUGAAGAUGGCUUUGUAUGGAAGCUUCCUUCCGAUGCCUGCUCAGGAUUUGUUCCCUGCCAUCAAGGAAGCGGAUUUCCACCCUUUGUCGAUGCUAGGAGCGGUUCAUCCAGCGGAAUCUGAGGGUAUUGUUCUGAACGAAGGGCGUGCUCGGGUGAGGCUCACUGUCACUAACAAGGGUACUCGGGCUGUUCAUGUCGGCUCCCACUUCCAUUUCAUGGAAACGAACCCGGAUCUCGACUUCGACCGCCAAAAGGCUUACGGAUACCGCCUCGAUGUACCAGCUGGGGAGUUUCUGCGCUUUGAACCCAAUGAGCCGAAGGUUGUCACCCUCGUUCAAAUUGGAGGCUCAAAGAUCAUACAGGGCGGAAGCAGCUACGCCAAAGGGCCGGUCACUCCCACCAACGCCCAGAAGAUCUUGCAAAAACUGCAGCAAGCUGGAUACCGACAUUCGCUGGAGGAACCAAAGGAGCAAGAGGUGAUUAAACCAUGCUCCAUCGACAGAGCGAAGUAUGCUUCUGCAUAUGGUCCGACUACGGGAGAUCUUGUUCGCCUGGGCUCUACAGACCUGUGGGUAAAGAUUGAGAAAGAUUAUACGGUUUACGGCGAUGAGUGCACAUUGGGUUGUGGUAAGACCAUCCGCGAUGGCAUGGGAGCAGCAAGCGGCUGCGCUGAUGCGGAAUGUCUCGACCUGGCUAUCAUCAACGCCAUUGUCAUUGAUUGGACAGGCAUCUUCAAAGCUGAUAUUGGUGUUAAAGAUGGUGCCAUUGUCGGAAUUGGAAAGGCCGGUAACCCAGCUACGAUGGAUGGGGUCUCCGAUAACAUGGUGAUUGGAUCGAACACGGAUAUAAUCGAUGCUGGAGGUAAGAUCGUCACUGCUGGUGGAAUCGAUACUCAUGUCCACAAUAUCUGCCCUCAGCAGGCAUAUGAGGCUAUCUCGUCGGGUAUUACGACGCUCUUUGGAGGAGGUACGGGUCCAAGUACUUCUUCUACAGCAGUGAAUGGCACCGCAAGCAAGAGAUACAUCCGACAGAUGAUGCAAGCAUGCGAUCAGCUGCCUCUCAACUUUGGACUCGUUGGAAAGGGUAGCGAUUCCGAAAAGGCCGGUCUUCUUGAUCAGAUUAAAGCAGGUGUGAUUGCACUGAAGUUACAUGAGGACUUUGGCUGUACGCCAUCAACAAUCGACAACUGUUUGAAUGUCUGCGGAGAACAAGACAUCCAAUGCCACAUCCAUACCGAUGGCCUCAACGAAGCAGGCUUCCUCGAACAUACAGAAGCAGUCUUCAAAGGUCGUAGCAUUCAUGUUUAUCACGUCGAAGGCGCGGGUGGUGGCCACGCACCCGACGUGAUCAAGCUAGUCGCAUAUCCCAACGUCCUUCCCAGCAGCACGACUCCCACGAUGCCGUUCACGACAAACACAAUCGAUGAGCACAUUGACAUGGCUGCCAAUUGUCAUCGACUAUCUAAGGACAAUCCUGAUGACGCCUCCUUUCUCAAGAAUCGCAUCCGAGAAGAAACUAUCUCAGCUGAAGAUAUCCUUCACGAUAUCGGAGCUAUUAGCAUUAUGUCCUCUGACUCACAGGCUAUGGGUAGAUCGGCAGAGGUUCUCACGUGCACGUGGAAGGCAGCACAUAAGAACAAGAUUCAACGAGGACCGCUGGCCGAGGACAAAGACACAGGUGCGGACAAUUACCGUGUCAAGCGAUAUAUCAGCAAAUACACGAUCAAUCCUGCGCUGACGCAAGGAAUUAGCCACGCAGUUGGCAGCGUUGAGAUCGGAAAGUUGGCCGACUUGGUGAUUUGGGACCCUUCUGAGUUUGGCACAAAGCCGUUUCAGGUUCUGAAGAAGGGGUUUAUUACUUUUGCGCAAAUGGGUGAUCCCAACGGAGCUGUUGCAGAUGUAGAACCCUUGGUCGCCCGGCCGAUGUAUGGAGCACUACAUCCCGAGUCGAGCGUUAUGUUUGUGUCACAAGCAAGCAUUUCACAGGAGGGCGACGUUCACUCGUACAACCUCAGAAAGCAGAUCGAGGUUGUGAAAAAUUGUCGAACAGUAACGAAGAAUGACCUCAAGUACAACAAUGCUACACCGAAAGUUGACGUAGAUCCUGAGAGCUUGGUCGUCACUUGCGAUGGUUUGGAGCUCAAGUCCAAGCCAGUGAGUUCACUCCCUUUGACGAGAAAAUCCUUCCUGUACUAG